AGAAGUUGUCAAUACUGUUACAACAAAAUGGAAACAUGGCACAUCAACCCGAUGCUUUUACAGCCAACAUACUAAGCACAUGGCUGAAACAACAUUCAUUACCGAAUUGUUUGGUAGGAAUAAAGCAGUAAUAUGAAACCGCCACAAAAUGAGCUCGUUGCGGAUGGAAAUAGACAGAAGCCACCACGAGCAAAAUCAGUACCAAGUACCACAUCAUCCGAUGCCUUAACAUUUAUGGGUGAUAUUGACAAUGAUAUUUCAACAUCAGCUAGUGAAUCGUAUCCACAAGAAGAGUCGAGCUCAAAUGAAGAUUCCAUUCUUUACAUUGAUCAAGAUGGUGAUGAGGUAGAUUGUAUCGAAAAAGAGAACGAAAAUGAAUCGCUACCCACGUCAGUAUCGGACAAUACAUUUUAUGAUAUUAACGGAGUUGGAAAUUUCCAGAGUAAUCGACUCUCAUGUUCAAGCCCUUAUUCAAAUUUAUCUCGAACAAUUGUUCGUAAUUAUGACGAACAAGAUGCAUACAACUUCAUCUCAGAUUGGGCAUCCACUGCGGAAGAUACAUCAUCAUUUUAUGAUGAUCAAAGUUAUAUGCGUAAAUCAAUUUAUGAUCCUGAAUUUCAAUCAAUCACCUCUAAACAAUCAAGUUGUGAUAAUUCUACAUGUUGUGAUGAGGACUUUACGUGGGUCUGUAAUCAAAAAGAGAAAGCUGUUGCAUACUCACUAAAAGGAGCUUUAAAACAUUCUCAAGGUGAUGUUGAUGAUGCCGUUAUUAAAGAUAUAAACACCACCACAAAACGUGAGAAGAUUGUAAGACCUUCGGUUAAUAUUGAACAGCGUCGUAUUCAUAGCCGAAGUCGAAAAGAACGAGAUAAUAAAAGUUGUAGUGCACAUUCGCUACAAGAAUCUUCGGCAACAUCUACAACCGAUUAUGCAUCGCCUCAACAGAUUUCCGGUGUCCAUCGCCCAAAACGAAUGGCAAACAGUGAAUCUAUUCCAAAACAUCAUAGCAAACAUCAUGUUCACUCUCAUUAUACGGCACAUCGUCCAAAAAUGCCACCUCCAAUAUUUUGGGAACGACCAUACUUUCCCAGCUGGGAUCCAAACGUACAUUAUAUAAACUAUCAUAGUCAAGAUGACAAUUAUUUUAAUGAGUUCUACAAUCAUCGGACAUCACACAAUGACUGUUGUCGAUAUGAUAGCGAUAGCAAUAUAAAUGUCAAUCAGCCGAAGUUAUUGUUACCGCCAUCUGCAUCGCCAUCAAAUUAUGGUACCUAUUGUUCAAACCGUUUUUAUACAAAACCACCACCAAUACAACAUCAGUGCUACCCAUGUAAUCGCUCUACGUCGUCAAUUGCUUUGCCAAACGCUUCGAAAUUCGAUAAGGCCGAAAUUUCGGAUGAAAGAUCACACCUUAGCGAUAAGGAGUUACUAGCACAUCAAGUACAUAUACUUACCAAACAGGUUUCGGCUCAAAAUGAAAAAAUCAACGAUUUGGAGCGACUGAUAUCUGACAAAGCGCAACAUGUUUCGAAUACCGAAGAGCUUCUUCAAAGGGAAAGAUUGUCACGUUCAUCAUUGGAAACACAAAAAUUGGAAUUGAUGUCGGCAAUGAGUGAACUUAAGCUACAACAAGCAGUACUCGAGAGAGAAAAUUUGGAGCUACGAGCAUCACAUUUCAACAAUAACACAAUCGCAACGGAUCGAAAACUGCCGCCCGUGCCAAAUGCACGAAUACGCACAAAUUCCACAUCCGGAUCAAUGACGCCACCAUCUUCAUAUCGUCGUCAAGUUGAUAUUCACUACAACAGCCUUCCACGAGCAUCAUUACCAACGACAUCCACACCCAUCCAAUCCGGAUGCAAUUCAGCCAACAGUUCAAUCAUUGAUUCAAAUGCAAAUCCAAAACGAAAUGCCGUUGCAUUCGGUAAACAACUUACAAAUCAAUACAUCCCACACUCAGCUACAAAAUCUGCUUCGAAUAUAUGUCAUCAACAAAUGGUUCUUUAUCAACAACCCAAACCGACAUCAUCAUUAUGUCACGGUUUUCAAAAACAAAAAGGAGUUUCAGUUCCGAAUUUAGCUCAAACGGAGAAAAUUAUUGAUGAUACUGAUUUGCGUCAGCAAUCCUCACCAUCGCCUUCAAUCAGCAGCAAAAGCAAGAGUUUGGGUGGUUUACGAAGUAUUUUUGGUAAAUUGAGGAGGAGCAACAGUGGAAAUCUGGAAGAAUUGCCUUUAGAUGGAAGUGAAUUCCGUCGAGGCGGUAUUCGAGCAACAGCAGGACCAAGAUUAGGAUGGAACAAUGCACCAACUACAGAUGUUCGGUUAAUAAAUGAAAGAACGAAUCCAUUCACAGAAUGGAGUGUAGAUGCUGUAUGUGCCUGGUUUGAAGAAAUGGGACUCGGAAUCUAUGACGAAGAUUUAAGAAAAUGGUUGAAAAAUGGUGGUGCCGAUCUUGUAAAUGUGUCAUCAUUUGACAUAGAAAAAGAAAUCAAUUUAAAGUCAUCGUUGCAUAGCAAAAAGAUUGUGUUAGCAUUAUCAGAAGUCACUGGCAAAGAUACGGAUGAAUUAUUUAUCAAUUCGGGGAAACUGGACACGGUUUGGGUUAUGCGUUGGUUAGAUGAUAUUGGCUUACCGCAACAUAAAGAUAAUUUUUCGAAUGCUCGUAUUGAUGGACGUAUGCUACAUAGAUUAACACUAGAAGAUUUGGCAACACUUCACGUUACAUCAUCAUUGCAUGCAGCUAGUCUUCGUCGUGCAAUACAGGUUAUGCGAGAAAAUAAAUGGAAUCCAGACUGUUUAGUUCGGCGAUCGUACAAUCAUCAGAUCGAAGACGAAAAGUAUUCCGAUUGUAAUUUAUUAAAGGAUUUGCAUUUAUGGACUGCACAUCGAGUUAUGGAAUGGUUGCGUGUUGUUAAUUUGGCCGAAUAUGCGCCAAAUUUGCGCGGCGCUGGAGUACACGGAGCACUAAUGGUAUAUGAAGAUCGUUUCACCGACGAAAUACUUGCCGAUUUGUUAAGCAUUCCAUCAACGAAAUCGUUAAUUCGACGACAUUUGUGCACCCACUUCAAAGAUUUACUCGGUCGUGAAAUCAUUCAGAACAAACGAAAAGCCGAGACAACAUUGGGCUACCAACCACUCACACUCACUUCCAAAAUAAAGACACCGAAAAAAUCACAAUUUACAUUAAAGCGGAAGAAAAACCAAAAACCUAUUGAUGAAUGGGGUGACUUACUAUGCCCAUUAGGUAAGACAUCAGGUGACCAACAGACUACUACUAAUAACACUAAUAUGACGAGUCAAAUACCAAUAGCCGGCGUCGAGGCUGUUUCUCUGGAGAAUAGUUCAAUCCAGCAUAACAACCAUAGCUAUCAACCAGAUGCGCGACUGUACCGAGAUUUAUAGCAUUUAAGAUGAGGUUUUUUGACGAAUACGAACAUAAUUCUUUAGUUUCUUAAAUUUAUUGAAAAACCAAUUUGAAAAAGUAUUCAUUUUUGUAGAAAUAUGUACAAAGAGAAUGGCUUCUUUUGAUGAAUUUUCCAAUAAAUUGUGAAGCUAAAAAAAAUCCGAAAAAAAAUAUUGGCUAUUGAUAGUUAUAUGUUACUAACAAAUCAAUAGCUCAAUUUGCCAGAAUUCUGUUCGGAAUCAUUUAAAAUUAGUUGAGAAAAGCACAAGUAACAUCCUACACAUAUGCACUGGCUUAUAAAAACAACAACAAUAAAGUUUAUUACAUUUACUGACAUUAAA